AUGGAGAUCCCGGAGUCCUUCGACCUCGCUUACGCACUAAGCGAUUUAACCAUCAAGCUCUUCGGAGUAUGGAUCCUGGUCGAAAUCUGCCACGGGGCGCUCAUCCUCUUCAGAUGCUGGCGCAUUGGCAGGAAGCUGCGGCACCUGCCGAGCCUGCCUCCUUCGCUGCUGGGACCCUUGGAGGUCAUGCGCGAUAGAACAGACCGCCACCGGCUCUAUGUGGAGUGGGCGCAGAAAUACGGGCCUAUCAUGACCUACCGCAUCCUCACCACGCACGUGGUGAUGGUCACAGAUCCUGUCAUCGCGGCGGAGGCGCUGCGCCACAAGAGCCUCGACAAGGACCUGCCCCAGCAGUUUGGCAGCCGCGCGCUGGACGAGUUUUCGGGUCCAAACGCGCACAAGACAAUUCUGACGCUGCCCACGGACGAGCGCUGGAAGGCCGUGCGCAAAGCAGUCGCCACUGCUUUCAGCACUUCCAACAUGCGCGCCAAUUUUCCAGGGAUCAGAAAGGCUUGCAAUCAGCUGAUUGAGGUUUUGGCCGAGGUGGGGCCGAGCGUGGCAGUGGACAUGGACAACGCGACCUGUAGGGAGUCCCUGGAUGUGAUCGGCCAAGUGGGUUUUGGGAGGGACAUGGGCGCGACGCGUUCCCUCCUGGACGACGAUGAGCCGGGGCAGGCCAUAACAGCGACGCAGGCCGCCCAGGCCGAGUGCGAGGCCGGCCUCAACGACCCUCUGCGCCGCUACAAGCUCUGGCGCCCGGAUGUGUGGGCGGGAAGAGCUGCAACAAGGCGCUUCCACAAGGUGAUAGCCCGGCUGAUGGCGGACAUUCGACGGGAGCGGCCGGCAGAGGCGACAUUUGCGGCGCAUCUUCUAGAUAUCAUCGACCCCGCCACCGGGGUGACAAUCACGGACGAGUUUUUGAAGCCAGAGAUCGCCCUGCUCUUCCUCGCUGGCUUUGAGACUACGGGCCACACAGCCUCUUGGACGCUGUACGCUGUCAGUCAGGACGCUGAUAUUGAGGCCAAGAUUACUAAGGAGCUGGCGUCCCUGGGUCUGCUAGCCACCCACGAGCAGCCACAGCCGCGAUCCAUCGAAUGGGAUGACCUCAGCAAGCUGACUUACCUCAACGCCGUCAUCAAGGAGUCGAUGAGGAAGUAUCCCGCGGGCGGAGUUGCCCCGUUCCGCGCGCCAGUGAAGGGCGCGGGAGACGUGGUCUUGGGCGGCGGUAAAUUAGUCAUCCCUGAGGGCGCCAUUUUGCAUGCGCCGAUCGCCGCAAUUCAGCUGUCGCCCGCGCUCUGGGACAACCCAGAGAAGUUCGACCCCGCCCGCUGGCUGCAGGCCGACGCUGAGUAUGCACCAGGGGCCAAGCUGGACGGUAAGGGUGUGAAGCGGUUCAUUCCCUUUGGAGACGGCGCGAGAAACUGCGUCGGGCAGACUCUUGCGCGUCUGAACCUGACGACGGCGCUCGCGCAGCUGUACGGCAGCUUCAGCUUCCGCCUGGCUUCCGAGAUGGGCACAGCAGAGGAAGUGAGGGCAGCGGAGCAGGUCAACAUCACGCUGUCAUGUGCCAAGGGCAUGAAGAUGCAUGCCAUCCCUCGUGUGGCCCCAGUCAAGACAACCUAA